CACCAAACAUCAGUUAGCAAGAUUUGGUCAAAGCAACGUACCACAAUGAAAUCUUUUGCAAUUUUACUGGACUUUGUAGCAGUAGCUCUGGCUUUUCCAUCCAACAUUGUGGAAGAUGAAUCUGGACAACAAUUUUACUUGGUACCAUUGCGCAGACAUGCACGAGACACAACGUGGGACAUCGCUAAAGGUCCACAUGGUACCGAUUUUAAAUUGGGCCAUGAAGGAGUUCUGGCUGGAAAAGGCGGCCACGAACUGACCGCAGGAGGUGGUAUAAACAAACAUAUUGGACAGGUCGACGCCACAACUUACACAGGCUCCCUGGGCUACCACCACAUACCCACUGACAGUAAUAUAAGGGCUGUUGUCUCACAAACGCCUCAUUUUGGUAGAAAUGUAGGUAUUGAAGCGAGUCGUACUCUUUGGGCCCCUGACAAGAAUACCAAGUUGGAAGCUUACGGUGGAGUCAGUCGCAGUUAUACUCCUUGGGGCAACACCAAGCCUGAGGGAAACAUUGGACUUUCGUUCAGUCAUGGACAUAAUCUUUUUGGAGGCUAAAUAAUGAUACUGUUAUUUAUCGUAUUUAUUUGUAAUUUAUUAUUUUUGUAAUAAAAUGAUGGCAAAGUA